AUGGCGUCCAUUGCAAGGCCAGGGCAAAAAAGGGAGCACUAGAUGCUUGCUAGACCACUAUUUUUUGCUUCUGUUCUCCGUGGACUGCUUAGAAAGAACCUGGGAGAUCUCCAAACUACACAAUGGAGGUGGUGACCUUUGAGGAUGUGGUCGUGAACUUCAGCAAUGAGGAGUGGACUUUGCUGAGUCCAUCCCAAAAGAACCUCUACAGAGACGUGAUGGGCGAAACCUUUAGGAACAUGACUGCAAUAGGAGCACUUGGGGAUAUCCAGGAAGCUGAAAAAGAAUGCAAAAUUUACUGGAGAUACUUAAGAAAUGACAAGCUAGGGAAAUCCUAUGGACAUACAUCUUGGAAUCAGUGUAAAGAAGUAUUCCCUUGUACUGCAGAAGGUAAUGUGAAUGUGAAAGAAGCAGAAACACACCACAAAUUUCAGAUCCAUGAAAAAUAUUCCAGUGGAGAGAAAUCCUAUGUAUGUCAGCAAUGUGGAAAAGGUUUCACCAAAUCUGGACAUUGUAAGCAACAUGAAAGAUUUCACGCUGGAGUGAAACCAUAUGUAUGCAAGAAAUGUGGGAAAGCUUUUAACACAUGGGCAAAUUGUAAAAUACAUGAAAGAAUUCACACUGGAGAGAAACCCUAUGUAUGUAAACAAUGUGGGAAAGCUUUUAACACACGGGCAAACUGUAAAAUACAUGAAAGAAUUCACACGGGAGAGAAACCCUAUAUAUGUAAGCAAUGUGGGAGAGGUUUUACCCAACAUGGAGCUUGUAAGCAACAUGAAAGAAUUCACACUGGUGAGAAACCAUAUGUAUGUAAGCAAUGUGGGAAAGCUUUUACCCGACAUGGACUUUGUAAGCAACAUGAAAGAAUUCACACUGGAGAGAAACCAUAUGUAUGUAAGCAAUGUGGGAAAGCUUUUAACACAUGGGGAAUUUUUAAGAAACAUGAAAGAAUUCACACUGGAGAGAAACCCUAUGUAUGUAAGGAAUGUGGGAAAGCUUUUACCCGACAUGGAAAUUGUAAGCAACAUGAAAGAAUUCACACUGGAGAGAAACCAUAUGUAUGUGAGCAAUGUGGGAAAGCUUUUAACACACGUGCAUAUUGUAAGGUUCAUGAAAGAAUUCACACUGGAGAGAAACCAUAUGUAUGUAAGCAAUGUGGGAAAGCUUUUAACACAUGGGCAAAUUGUAAAAUACAUGAAAGAAUUCACACUGGAGAGAAACCCUAUGUAUGUAAGCAAUGUGGGAAAGCUUUUAACACACGGGGAGAUUUUAAGAAACAUGAAAGAAUUCACACUGGAGAGAAACCCUAUAUAUGUAAGCAAUGUGGGAAAGCUUUUACCCAACCUGGACAUUGUAAGCAACAUGAAAGUUCACACUCAAGAUAGAACCAGUGUAUACAAGCAUCAUGAGAAUAUUUGAGCAAAAGUACAUAUUGCAUAAUGCAUGAAAAACUUCACCCUGGGCAGAAAACUUAUAUAUGUAAGGAAUGUGGGAAAGGCUUCAGCAGAAAUGCUCUUUGUCCAAUACAUGAAAAAAUUUAAAAUGUUGAGAAACCCUGUUUAUGUCAAGAAUGUGGGAAAGCUUUCACCACACAUGGAUUUUGUAAAAUAUAUCAGUGACUCCACUAUGAAUAUAAUAAUGUGGCAAAGCUUUUACCACAUACAGUCAUUGCAAAACAUAUGAAAGAAUUCACACUAGGAAGAACCACUGGCUACGUAAGCAAGUGGAGACACUUUCAUCAGCCAGAUUAUAAGUAAAAUAUGUGAAGAAGCUCACACAAGAGAUAAAUCCUAUGUGUUAUGGGAAUACGCUCAGCACACAUGAUCAUUGUUACAUAUCUGAAAGAACUCACUGGAUCCUAUGUGCAUGAACAAUGUGAGAAAUAUGGCAAUCCAUGUUUGUUGUUAAAUAUAUAGAAAAAUCAGCACUCUUCAGACAGUUUAAAUGUGUUUACUUUAAAAAUUCCAAGUAGACCUGAAGAAAUAAUCAAUACAGAAGUUUGAUGUCAAUAUUUCUUCACAAAUUUUCCAGAAAUGACAAAUCUGAAGUGGAGCUCUACUCAAGUACAUAUUUUGUAUGGUUUUCAGUUAAUCAGUUAUACCUCUUUAGAUUUUUAAAGUAUCUUUGUGCUUCAACAUGGCAUCUUGUAACUAAAAAUGGUAAACUGAAAUGGUAAACUUUUCACUUUCAAGUAUGGAUAGUGUCUAUGUACUUAAUAUUUUGUCUUUAAACCUUAAUUUUUAUAUUUUUGGUGAAUUAUUUUUAUUUAAAGAAAAAAACCAAAAAGUGUAGAAAUAAUACAGAAGUCUGAAAAAUAAACAAUAAGAAAUCACUAGUUGAUUGGUUACAUAUUGUCAUCUUAGAAUUAACUGUUCAAGUUACAAAAUUAAAGCAUACAAAGUGAUAUUCAAAUAAUGACAUUGCAAACAGUUCACCUCAGUGAUCCAACAAAAACUUAUUAAUAUGCUUAUAUGUUCUACAAACUUGUUUUUUGUCUUAAAGACGGUAAGAUUAAACAUGACAAAACAGAACAGUUCAUAAGGAAACAAGUUAAGGAAACACAGGUUUCAAAGCAAGUCCACUGAGAUGUUAAUUUUCUAUCUUAUUGUCUCUAGUUUUCUUCAAAAUAGUUGUUUGCAGCUUCACAAGCAUUGAAUAUAUACUGAACAUUAUAGAGCUAAUCAAAUAAUUACAGGAUAAUGCAGGCUUUUUUGAUCUUCAAGACUGAUUUUGGAGAAGUGGAUAAUGAUUACCAUAAUGUGUCUCAUUCUUUUCACAGUAGACAUCUUUAUUUUUAUGUAUGCUGAAAUGGAACAUAAGAGACUAAACUAAUAUCACUCUGAACAGUGAAUAAUAGUAUCCUGAGAAGGAGAAAGGUGAGGAACUGCAUAAAAAAAGAAGGCAGAGCACAUUGUUAAAAAUGUAUCAAGAUUUAAAAGCUACAGUAGUUCUGUUGCUCUGUUUAUUUUGAUUAUAUUUUGUUCUGGUCUGCCUACUCAUAUUAGAUUUGAGGGCACAGAGAGAUAACCCAAAAAUGGCAGGUUAUACCAUGAUGGUAAUUGUCCUUAAUUUCCUAUUAACUAAAACUGAAAUCCUGUAUUACUAACAUUGUCUUACUAUGACUGAACUUAUUUUAAGCUGGUUUGUUUGAACAUUAUUUGGCCUUGACUGAUUUUAUUCACAUUUGGUAUGAUUGCUGGUAUCAAGUCCAAGAGUAGAGGCAACUACUCUGAAGAUGAUAAGAUGUGAAAGAUAUAUAUUGGGGGGCUGGGGAUUUAGCUCAGUGGCUUAAGCCCCUGCCUGGCAAGUGUGAGGUCAUCAGUUUGAUCCCCAGUACCAAAAAAUAAAUAAAUAAAAGAUAUAAAUUCCAGGUUUAAUUUUUUUUAUUUAAGGAGAAAAAAAGAACAUAAAAAAGCAAAGCAGUAAAAGGGUACAAAUAAUACAAAAUUUCAAUUAAAAAUACAGUAAGAAAUCACUAGUUAAUAGGUUACAUAUUGUCUUCUUAGAAACAGUUGUCAAAAUUAUAAAAUUAAAGCAUAUAAAGUGAACAUUCCUACAGCGAGAUUGCAAACAGGUCCGUUCAAUGAUCCAACAAAGCUCAGUAAUAUGGUUUUCCUUCCUACACACUCAAACAGGCACCUACUUCCCUUAGACCACCUUCCUUUCCUCUCUUCUUCACAAUAACAAUUACACUUUUGGGUUUUUUUUUUACUCCCAUAGUUCUUAUUACUUUUUUUUUUGAAGAGAAUAAAACCUCAAGUGAGUUAACAAAACAGAGUUGGUUAGAACAUAAGGAUGGGCAUUCUACUUGAUGCAAAAAUAGAAUAUCAGGUGAUCAAAAAUGGUUUCCACUGUGCCUCUUGGUAUUUUUAAAAAGAGUUCCCUAUAUCAUCAAGUAUAAUAGAAUUGAUCAAAACAGUACAGAACAAGACCAAUAAAAUCUACACUGGAGACCUUACAGAAUUUCAAAAGAAGAUAAUAGUCAAACCAUAAUGGGCAUCAUAGUAAAUCUUAUUGCUUACAAAGUGGUUGCCUAUACCCUCAAACUUGAUACUAUCAAACAAAAUAGAAUAUAGUAAAAUCAGGCAGAACAAGAUGGGGAGAGCAAUACUGGGGUUAAAAUCAGGUUAAUAGGAAAAUAAAAAAGUUACUAUUAUAAAUCCCACUAUUUUUUAAUUUAGCUUUCCUUUAAUUGAAAAAAAGUAGAAUUUUUUUUUAAAAAAGGUGGAGAUCGAGAUAAAAGAGACAUUGUAAUAGAACAACACAGGUCAGAACUGAACAAUUAAAGCAUCAUUUGGUUUCACCACCAGGUAAUCUAAUAUAAUAUUAGUCACCAUAGUGCCUCUUUCCUUGAUUUAUUUAAGUAUAACUUUGUAUACUAUAUAAAGAAUCAAUCACAUACUAUACUAUAGAAGAUACUAUACUAUAGAAGAAUCAUUCGUAUACUAUACUAUAGAUAUAAUCAAUCACAUCAAGACAGUGUGAAGCCAUUCAACACAGUGAAAGAAUUACAGGGUAUUUAGAGCCAGUUAACAGAAAAUGAACAACAAUUUCUAUAUUAUCUCUUUGCCUGUAAAAAAUUUUUUAUACUAUCACAGUAAAAUAUAUUAAGAUACAACAUCUUAAAUCCAGUGGAAACAUGUACAACAACUUGAUGGGAGUUCCAAAGGAGAUGAUAUUAAAUCAGCACUAGCUUUUAUGAUGUGUUAUUUUCUUCAGAACAGCUAUUUUUUGUACUAACAUCAAAAAACCCAGGGUAAAAACAUUGCACUUAAUGAGUGAAAACAUUAUAUGGAUUUAAACCAAUAUGAUUGGGUAUCAUGAUUACCACAUACUUCUAUGUAUUAUCAU